AUGAAGCUCGCCGCUGGUCUAGUCCUCUCUGUCGUUGCCAUUGCGGGUGUCUCCGCCGAGUCUUCCGAGACGCUGACCAUCCCUUCCGGACCGACACCGACGACGGACCCUGCACAGUUGACAGGUCUGCGUCCUCAGAAUCUCUACUUGAACGGACAGCAGCCGACUACCCCUCCAAGCAAUUCGGAUAGGACUCGAUUUUCCCCGGUCGUUCAAGAGAAACCAGACCCAGAACGUGAGCAUGACACCACGAACACGUUGACCAUUCUGCCUGGCAGGACGCCGGUCUUGACUCCUAAGCAAUUGGAAGGACUGGGUCCCCGGACACCCGCUGGUGACAACCCUAGGCUGAGGAAAGCUAUGGAAGGGCUGGGCAAACCCCCAAGCUCUGCCAGCCCCGACGAGCUUGUCUACAUUGACCCCCACAAGGUGAAUCAGCUGGACCCGAAGACUGGUGGCGCUAAGGGUCUUGAGGUGUAUCCAGGCAAGCUUGGCAACAACAACGGCGGCGACCUUGAUUAG